UUCCCUCCAGUCGCACAAUGAGAGCUCCAUUGUUCGGAUUGUGGUGCUGGCUGGGAUUGGGAUUGCUCCUAGCCUCUGAUUCCGGGGUGGCUUCGGCCAAGCGGUUCUUGCGCUGCGAACUGGCCCGAAAACUGCUCGAUCAGCAUGGGUUUGAACGCAGUCUGCUCUCCAAUUGGAUUUGUUUGCUGGAGCACGAGAGUGGAUUAGAGACCAGCAGGAUCAUCACGAAUCCGAAUGGAUCACGCAACUUCGGGUUGUUCCAGAUCAACAGCAGGUUUUGUCUGGAGGGAAGACCUGGUGGCACCUGCAAUGUGAAGUGCGAAGAUCUCCUCGAUGAAAAUCUUAGGGAAUCGGCCGCUUGUGCCAAACGCAUCCAGACAUCCGAUGGCUUUCGGCACUGGAAUGGUUGGCAACGCUACUGCCGCAACACCCAAAAUCUGCCUAAUCUUAAGGUCAUCUGCGGGAUCUAGCAAACAAUAAGUGAUUUAAUGGGGUCAACAGUAGUCAUCUGUAUUUGAAUUGAGCAUAAUAAAAAUAAAAUAAUCAUCACUUUACAAAA